CCGCGAGGUCGUUCCAGAAGUGCCACUCCAACGGCAAAUGUACCACCACAAGCACUGGCGGUCGGCAGUACUAGUGGUGCCGAGCGUGGGUUCUCAAGUGUCGGUGAGCCUUGUAUCUUGUUUUUGUUCUUUAUGCUAGUUACUCAUCUAUCUUUACUCUGCACAGUGCCACAAAAACGUCGUUCGACGGACGACAACGCGAACGCGAAUGCAAAUGCGAAUACUCAAGCUCGCCCCCCACUAUCCGAGCCGAUUCGAGUAGCAAAACGACAGCGAUUCUCGACUCUCGACCGAUUAGAGCGCGACUCUCAUACUCUGAGCAACCCAACACAUCGACGUCCCACCACUCGCUAUGCUGGACCGGCAGAUGUUGGUCGUAAUCCCAUGGCUCCCCCAGUCACAGGCCUCGCUAGUCGGAAGCGGCGAGCGGACUUGGAGGAGAACCAAACUGAACCGCGACUUCCGCAACCACAACUUCAACCUUAACCGGUACCUCCAAGGUUGUCGCUCGCUACCUUGGUCGAUCUUCCUCCUCCAGCCCAGACGCCAGCCGCAUCAUACAAUAGCCAGCAACACCGUCAGGCGCUGGAUGCUGGUACCGACGACGAGGAUGUCGAUGAUGCUCAAGCCCAUGACCAUCGUGAUUCUUCUGAAACUGAUGAAAGCGACAACGGUUACCCUCGACUUCAUGGAUAUGGUUCCAAUAACCUGGGCGACUACGACAUUACGACACAAGGCUAUGAGGAAUACCCCUCGCUGCGAGAAAUGUCAUAUUCCGAUUGUUUGA